AUGCCGGUGACCUUCGAGGAGGUGGCUGUGUAUUUCACCGAGGGGCAGGGGCCUCUGCUGGACCCCUCUCAGAGAGCCCUCUACAGGGACGUCAUGCAGGAGAACUACAAGAUGGUGACCUCACUGGGAUUUCCCAUUCCCAAACCUGACUUGAUCGCCCGGCUGGAACGAGGGGAAGAGCCGUGGGUCCCAGAUAUUCAGACCUCUGAGGAAUCGGAGAUCCCAAGAGGCAGCCACACAGCAGUUGAUGAGAUGAUGAUGAGUGAGAACAAGGAGAAGAAUCCACAAGAGGAAGAUCCCGAGCAAGUGGAAUUGCAGGGAAACUUUUUGAGAAGAGCUGAAGGGAAUUUUUCCCAAUCCUUGGAACAGGGAAAAGCUUGGAGGAGUCAGCAGAGAUCAGAGAGGCAGCUGGGAAACCACCCAAUAAAGAAAGAUGAUGAAUCCGUUGAAUGUGGGGCAGGAUGCAAGGACCCCAGGGAAACCACAGCCCUGCAGACAAAUCACAAGGAAGAGAAACCCUAUAAGUGUCUCAACUGUGGGAAAAGCUUCAAUCGGAAAUCGAACCUUAUCGCUCAUCAGAGAAUACACACAGGAGAGAGACUUUAUAAAUGCCUGGACUGUGGGAAAAGCUUCAGUCAGAGCUCACACCUUAUUAUGCAUCUGAGAGUGCACACAGGAGAGAGACCCUAUAAGU